AUGCCAAAGAAAGAUGGCGCUUCGUGGACGUGUUUGCUGCAAGCACACUGCCAUGCAGGGACAACCCAUGAUUCGGAGGAGAUCCUGCAGAAGAUGCCGUUCGCAAAGACUAUUGUGCACUGGACGAUGCUGCUGGAUGCCCAUGCAAAGGCCGGGAAUCUCGAUCGAGCGAGGGAAGUUUACGACCAAAUGCCGGAUCCGGAUGCGAUCGCGGCGAACGCCAUGCUCGCCGCGUAUGCACACAGAGGAUACAUGCACGAGGCAAAUGCGCUGUUCGAGCAAGUUGGAGACAAAGUUGACGCCGCGACGAAGAACAUCAUGAUCCUGGCGCAUGGAUCGGCCGGGAACUUGGAGGCAUCCAAGCGACUAUUCGACGAGAUUAUCGAGAGAGACCUCUACUCGUGGUCGUCGCUCAUGCGGGCGUUCUCCUUGAGCAGCAUGAACGAGGACGCGAUUCAUCUCUUUCGUUGCAUGCUCGUCGAGGGCUUUGCUCCAAACGAAGUGGUUCUCCUCGUCUACGCGACCGCUGCGUGUGGGCGUGCGAGCUCGCUGGACGAUUCCCGGAGCUUCUUUGCAAACAUGCUUCCGGACUAUGGAGUGUCUCCCGGCCUAGAUCACUAUGACUGCAUGGUUGGAGCUUUCGGAGCCGCGAAGAAGAUGGAAGAAGCAAGAGAGCUCAUUGAUAGCAUGCCUUUCGAAGCUGAUGCUCGAGUGUGGAUGACUCUACUCGCUUGCUGCCGGAGGCACUUGGACGCGGAGAAUGGCAAGCUUUGCGCGGAGAGAUUGUUUGUCUUGGAUCCAGAGAACGUUUCACCGUACAAGAUCCUUGCGGAGAUCUACAGCCAAACCGGGAGAGAGAAAGACAUUCCUGGAUUGAAGAAGAUGGUGAGAGACAAAGGUCUCCACAAGCUCGAGGCUGAGAGCCUGAUCCAGAUCGAUGGCAUCACGCACAAGUUUCGAGUGGGAGACACUGCUCAUCCGAGCAUCAAGAAAGUUCGCAAGGAAGUCGCGAGGUUGGCGAAGCUGAUGGAGAAAGAUCAUGGGUAUAAACACGAGAACUUGGGAUGGAGUGAGUGUGGCGGUGGUGUUCACAGCGAGAAGCUUGCGAUCGCGUACGCGCUGUGCGAGAAGAGCCGUGAGAUCUCGCUCGUGAAUAACUUGAGGAUGUGCGGUGACUGCCAUACUUCUGCGAAGAUGAUUUCCAGCGUGGUGAAGAGGAAGAUCACGGUACGUGACACGCAGAGGCUGCAUGGUUUUGAGAAUGGUGUUUGCUCUUGCGCGGAUACCUGGUAA